GCGGGUCCCGGGCCCGAGGGGCGGCGGGGGCCAGGGGAGUGCCGGCCCCUCCCGAGCGGCCCGGAGCUUCUUUCAUGGCCGCCGAGGCGCGUGGGGCCCGGGCCAGACCUGAGGGCCCCUCCCUGGGGACGCGGGGGGCGCCGGGCCGGCAGCCGCGGUCCAUCGCGUUCGGAGGCGACGCGGGGAUUGGGGCGCGGCCUCCCCCAGCGCCUGGGCCACGCCCGGCGCGGAUUGCGGGCCCUGCGGAAGUGCGGGCCGCGCCCUAGGAUCCCGGCGCCUACGGCUAUCCUCGCGCGGCGCAGAGGCCCCAGCGCCUGGAGGAAGCAGGGCGGCCUGGACCCUGGCCUGGGUGUCCCGGGUGUGCUGCUUCCUGAGCCACCUCCCAAGCUGCCGGGAAGGAUCUGAGCCUGAAAGACCCCCCUGCCGGGUGUCCCGACCCAGGCUAAGCUUGAGCAUGGCUGAGCAGGAGCCCACAGCCGAGCAGCUGGCCCAGAUUGCAGCGGAGAACGAGGAGGAUGAGCACUCGGUCAACUACAAGCCCCCGGCCCAGAAGAGCAUCCAAGAGAUCCAGGAGCUGGACAAGGACGACGAGAGCCUGCGAAAGUACAAGGAGGCUCUGCUGGGCCGCGUGGCCGUUUCCGCAGACCCCAACGUCCCCAACGUCGUCGUGACUGGCCUGACCCUGGUGUGCAGCUCGGCCCCGGGCCCCCUGGAGCUGGACCUGACAGGUGAGUGCCCUGCGGCCGCGGGGGUUCGGGCGGCCCCUGGUGGGGAUCUCGGGAAGUGCAGCCAGGGGGCCGUGCAGGGCUGGGGCUUCGCGCAGGGCUGGGGGCCCCGGGGCUGCUGGGCAGUCAUUGAGGGAGAGGUCCCCCCAACAGGUGACCUGGAGAGCUUCAAGAAGCAGUCGUUUGUGCUGAAGGAGGGUGUGGAGUACCGGAUAAAAAUCUCUUUCCGGGUUAACAGAGAGAUAGUGUCCGGCAUGAAGUACAUCCAGCACACGUACAGGAAAGGCGUCAAGAUUGACAAGACUGACUACAUGGUAGGCAGCUAUGGGCCCCGGGCCGAGGAGUACGAGUUCCUGACCCCCGUGGAGGAGGCACCCAAGGGUAUGCUGGCCCGGGGCAGCUACAGCAUCAAGUCCCGCUUCACAGACGACGACAAGACCGACCACCUGUCCUGGGAGUGGAAUCUCACCAUCAAGAAGGACUGGAAGGACUGAGCCCAGCCAGAGGCGGGCAGGGCAGACUGACGGACGGACGACGGACAGGCGGAUGUGUCCCCCCAGCCCCUCCCCUCCCCAUACCAAAGUGCUGACAGGCCCUCCGUGCCCCUCCCACCCUGGUCCGCCUCCCUGGCCUGGCUCAACCGAGUGCCUCCGAUCCCCCUCCUCAGCCCUCCCCUGCCCACAGGCCCAGCUUCCUCGGUCUCGUGUCUCGUUGCUGCUUCUGCCUGUGCUGUGGGGGAGAGAGGCCGCAGCCAGGCCUCUGCUGCCCUUUCCGUGCCCCCCAGGUUCUAUCUCCCCGUCACACCCGAGGCCUGGCUUCAGGAGGGAGCGGAGCAGCCAUUCUCCAGGCCCCGUGGUUGUCCCUGGACGUGUGCGUCUGCUGCUCCGGCAUGGAGCUGGGGUGUGGGAUGCAGGGCCUCGUGGGGGCCGGGCCGUCCUCCAGCCCCGCUGCUCCCUUGCCAGCCUCCUUGUCGCUGUCAGUCCCGUCUAACCAUGAUGCCUUAACAUGUGGAGUGUGCCGUGGGGCCUCACUAGCCUCUAACUCCCUGUGUCUGCAUGAGCAUGUGGCCUCCCUGUUCCUUCCCCGAUGGCGAACCCAGUGACCCAGGGACAUGUGGGGUGUGCUGCUGCUGCUCCCCAGCCCACCAGUGCCUGGCCAGCCUGUCCCUCCCCUGGACAGGGCUGUGGGGAUGGCUCCGGCGGCUUGGGGAAAGCCAAAUUGCCAAAACUCAAGUCACCUCAGUACCAUCCAGGAGGCUGGGUAUUGUCCUGCCUCUGCCUUUUCUGUCUCAGCGGGCAGUGCCCAGAGCCCACCCCCACCAGAGAGCCCUCGAUGGACAGCCUCACCCACCCCACCUGGGCCCAGCCAGGAGCCCCGCCUGGCCAUCAGUAUUUAUUGCCUCCGUCCGUGCUGCCCCUGGGCCACUGGCCUGCCGCCUGUUCCCCCAGGCUCUCAGUGCCACCACCCCCGGCAGGCCCUCCCUGACCCAGCCAGGAACAAACAAGGGACCAAGUGCACACAUUGCUGAGAGCCGUCUCCUGUGCCUCCCCUGCCCCAUCCCCGGUCUUUGUGUUGCGUCUGCCGGGCUCAGGCAGAGGCGCCUGUCCCUGCUUCUUUUCUGACCGGGAAAUAAAUGCCCCUGAAGGA